CGGCGCAGGCGCAGUGGCACGGGGUUGGCAGUGAAGAAACAUGGCGGCUCCUACGCUAACUGCCCGCUUGUACUCCCUGCUGUUCCGCAGGACUUCCACUUUCGCCCUCACCAUCGCCGUGGGCGCCCUGUUCUUCGAGCGCGCUUUCGACCAAGGCGCGGACGCCAUCUACGAGCACAUCAACGAGGGGAAGCUGUGGAAACACAUCAAGCACAAGUAUGAGAACAAGGAAUAGUUUUUUGGAGGACUCAUCCAGGCCCAAAGGACCAGGUCCACCCACCAGCUGUUUGCCCACAGUUGGGGCCUUAGCUUGAAGAUGAUGCUCGAGUGACUCUUCAUGGACCACAUUUUGCAGUUGGCGAGAAGCAACUUCACCCAACAAACAGAUUCAACUUGUGCUGUAUUUGAAAUAUGUUUAGUCAGGGUCAUCAGCAAAUAAAUGUAAAUUGCUCUUGA